UUAACGUCACACGUUCCUGUUGCACAUUUAUUUUGUCAUUGUGUGUGUGUGUGUGUGCGCGUGCGUACAGGACAUGGAGUUGCUCCCAGAUGGAGACCUGACUCUGAUCGGGGACAGAGGAGCCACACUUAGCGGGGGACAGAAAGCUCGUGUCAACCUGGCCAGGGCUGUGUAUCAGGACGCAGACAUCUACCUGCUGGACGAUCCUUUGAGUGCCGUGGAUGCCGAGGUCGGGAGACAUCUCUUCGAACAGUGUAUCUGCGGCCUGCUGAAGAACAAGCCUCGUAUCCUGGUCACCCACCAGCUGCAGUACCUGAAGGCAGCCGACCAGAUCGUUGUCCUCAAAGAGGGUCACAUGGUGGCAAAGGGGACAUACACAGAGCUGCAGCGGUCUGGGGUGGACUUCACCUCCCUGCUGAAGAAGGAGGAAGAAGAGGAGCAACAGCAGCCUCCUCAAGACAUCCUCGCCAGGAGCAGAACUCUGUCCCAGAACUCGGUGCUCUCGCAGACCUCCUCCGUGCAUUCGGUGAAAGACGGAGACAAUCUACCGGUUAGUGCAUCCUUUUUCUGUCUUGGUCUGACGCACACAGUGAACACAGUGAUCACUUCACACCGGCUUCAACAUUUAUCAUUCACAGUUACUGUGAAUUACUGUGAAUGUGAAAUACAUCAUAG